AUGGAUGAGGACUUGGCGAGGCUCUUGACGGUGCUCGGAUGUGAGGGGGAGUUUCAAAGCCGGAAUGUACAUGAAUUAGAGCUGGACUUGGGCUUUUUAGAUAAGAUCCGGCUGGAGCAGGGGGACGCAACGUACCGUAGGUUGAGAAAACAGGCAGACACAGAGAAUGAAGAAGGUUUGAAGCGGAUUGCAGAGUUUUACAAGUAUGCCAUGCAAGAAAGGUUUGAGGACGAGAAGCGGUAAGGCAAUACGCUACUCCGUUGUGACGAGGAUUGCAUACAGAAGGGCAAUGAGAAUGUUGAUAUUCAGUACCACAUAGUUCUUUAUUUUAAAACAAAAGUUUGUUACUG